UCACCUUUCUGUCUGCCCGUUUAUUUGCCCAUCUGUUUGACUGACCGGCACAGAACGAAGUCGACCAAGAAUGAUAGCCUCUCCAAGCUCCUCCAGUGGCUUAGAGGUCCUCCUUUCAACUCUGCAGAAUCCAGGGGAUGUGGCGAGCACCUUAAACAUCCUCAAUGUCUUGGAUGAACUUCUGUCAGCUGGUACGGAUCGUCGUAUCCACUACAUGAUAAGUAAAGGUGGUAGUGAGGCCUUGCUGACUGCACUGGUCAACCAUGCCCGCACUUUCAGUCCUGACUACAACAUCCUGCUGCCACUGCUGCACCUGCUGGCCAAAGUUGGACACAGAGACCGUCGUAUUGGUAUGAAGGCAGAGGAUGCUGGAGCUGUGCUGCUGACUCUAAAUCUGCUCAGACAAAACAUCAAUCAUGCCAGGAGGGUCGCAGCUUGUCUCUGGGUCAUCCAGGUCUUCUCUUCAUCAGUUUCUGCAGCAAACCUAAUAGGAGAAAACCAUGGUCUGGAUGUCAUCUACCAACUCAUUCCUCAGUAUACCACCAGAAAUCUUCAUACCAUCAAGUAA